GGGGAGCCUGCGUCACGUGACAGGGCCCGGAAGCGGCUGCCCGGGCUGCAGACCAGGAUGGCUGGGUGCUGUCACUGAGGCUGCGAAGGUGGCUUGUGCGGGAGCCCCCGAGCCGGAGCCCGAGCCCGAGCCCUAGCGCCACCAUGUCCACGCAGAGACUUCGCAACGGAGACUACCACGACUACAGCUCCACCGGCGCGAGCCCCGAGGAGAGCCCGUCCGAAGGCCGGAGCAGCUUCUCCCCCGGCUCCUACCAGCGCUUCGGGGAGAGCAGCAGCACGACAUGGUUCCAAACCCUGAUCCACUUGCUGAAAGGCAACAUCGGCACAGGACUGCUGGGACUGCCUCUGGCAGUGAAAAACGCAGGCAUCUUGAUGGGGCCCCUCAGCCUGCUGGUCAUAGGCAUCGUGGCUGUGCACUGCAUGGGCAUACUGGUGAAGUGUGCUCACCACCUCUGCUGCAGAUUGAACAAACCCUACCUGGACUACGGGGACACAGUGAUGCAUGGACUGGAAUCCAGCCCCAGCGCCUGGCUCCGGAACCACGCCCACUGGGGAAGGCGCACUGUGGACUUCUUCCUCAUCGUCACCCAGCUGGGCUUCUGCUGUGUGUACUUUGUGUUUCUGGCUGACAACUUCAAACAGGUGAUCGAAGCGGCUAACGGGACCACCAACAACUGCCACAACAAUGAAACGGUGAUUCUGAUGCCCACCAUGGACUCGCGACUCUACAUGCUGACCUUCCUGCCCUUCCUGGUGCUGCUGGCCUUCAUCCGGAACCUCCGCAUCCUGUCCAUCUUCUCCCUGCUGGCCAACAUCAGCAUGCUGGUCAGCCUGGUGAUGAUCUAUCAGUUCAUUGUCCAGAGGAUCCCAGACCCCAGCCACCUCCCCUUGGUGGCGCCAUGGAAGACCUACCCCCUGUUCUUUGGCACGGCCAUUUUUGCAUUUGAAGGCAUUGGAAUGGUUCUGCCCCUUGAGAACAAGAUGAAGGAUCCACGCAAGUUCCCGCUUAUUCUGUAUGUGGGGAUGGCCAUUGUCACCGCCCUCUACAUCAGCCUGGGGUCCUUGGGAUACCUGCAGUUUGGAGCCAGUAUUCAAGGCAGCAUCACACUCAACCUGCCCAACUGCUGGUUGUACCAGUCAGUGAAGCUGCUCUACUCCAUCGGCAUUUUCUUCACGUACGCGCUGCAGUUCUACGUCCCGGCUGAGAUCAUCGUCCCGUUCUUCGUGUCCCGGGCGCCCGAGCACUGCGAGCUAGUGGUGGACCUGUUCGUACGCACCGCGCUGGUCUGCGUGACCUGUGUUUUGGCCAUCCUCAUCCCCCGCCUGGACCUGGUCAUCUCCCUGGUGGGCUCCGUGAGCAGCAGCGCCCUGGCCCUCAUCAUCCCGCCCCUGCUGGAGGUGACCACCUACUACACGGAGGGCAUGAGCCCCCUCACCAUCGCCAAGGAUGCCCUCAUCAGCGUGCUGGGCUUUGUGGGCUUCGUGGUGGGGACCUACGAGGCCCUGUAUGAGCUCAUCCAGCCGAGCAGCGGUCCCAUUGCCACCAACUCCACCAGUGCCUUUAUGUAGUGAUUCGGGUGCAUUCCAUGCCCCUGCCCAUCCCCCCAGGGUCUGUCCUCGGAGCCUCAGGCAUGGUCCAGCCUUUGGAGACAGGCAGGAUGGCUGUCUGGGUUCUGCUGCACCUGGCACCUGAGUAGCCCCGCCGGGGUGACUGAGGGCAGGUGGAGGGCGGUGUAGAAGACCCUCGCGAGGUACUGCUCGUGACAGUGCUGUCACCACACACUGGUCCUUAUUUGAACCCAGAACUUCUCAUCACUUUUUCUCCUCACACCUCAACAUUGGCCUUCCUCUCCUGACCCUCCUUACCUAAGUAUUCCUCUCGCACGGCUCACUUUAUUUAAAGAUUUUACUGGUGUUCCCCACCUCACCUCUUUUCCUUUCCUGGGCCAGGCCUGGGUCAAAUGAGUGGGGACUCUUGUUGUUUAUGGAGCCAGGCCUCUUCCCCAUCUCUCUCCCUAAGACUGUACUUCACUUUUCCACCCAGUUGAGUCUCAGGGGUGUAUGGACUUACCAAGUAGUUUACAGCCAGCCCCCCCCCACCCCCCAGUGCUUAAAAAUUCACAUCCGCUGUCUCUGGCUUGUGCCCUCUGGGCCAUACCACCUCUUCUCUGAGUUCCUCUGUGCAGGUCACAAUACGAUCCCUUUAAUUACUUUUGCUCUUAAAAGGUAUGAGAUGCUGCCUAAAUUGAAGAUAUUUAUAUUUUAUUUAUGAUUAGAUUCUGACUCUAGACUGAGCUUCAUCAUGAAUUGUUCCCCAGUAAAUUGUAUUCUGCUUCUGGAAAUCUCUGCCCUGGGAGGUGGCUGGGCAGGAUCCUCAGCAGCACUCGCUGAGCGUCUAGAGGUUUCCUUUAUUUACUUGGGUUUUUGUUGUUGUUGUUGUUGUUGUUGAGAUAGUCUCAUAUAGCCCAGGGAGACAGCCUUAUGUAGCCCAGGAUGGCCUUGAACUUGAAGCUGCGGGUAACCUUGAGCUCCCGAGCCACGCUGCAAUCACAGGCGUGUGCAGAUCUCUUAAGCAGGAUCAGAGAGUGUGUACCUCCUUGGGAGGCCACGAGUCAGCUUGAACGUAAAGCGCUUGGGAAAUGCUUGUGCGUGUGCUGGGCCCAGGGCAAGGGUGGCCAAGUAGCAGCAGGGGUUUCUGUCGAGGACGAGGCUUGUCUGUGACUCCUCGGGCAUCUGGACCCACUGGGAGGGGAGACAGCCACCUCCACCUGCCGUCCUGGCCAAAAGACACCCACUUGUUGCUGAGGUCCGUCCCACGUUCCGUUCUUAGAGCUCAUUGACAAUGAAUUCAUUGACACUACGCACACUCAUGCUCACUUGUUUACAGUGCCCUGCCCCAAGCUGCCUUCAUGCCCUGGGCUUCGAAGGAACCACUGAACACUAACUGUGACAUGUGUCUGUCCCCCCAUGUGCUUCUGAGAGUACGUGGCCUUCCGAGUUGGUCACAUCAAGGGUGGACCUUCAGAUUAGGUAGCAAAUUUCAGAGAUGUCAGCGGUCCCCUGCCUGGGGGCUGUGUCCUUGUCAGAGUGUUGCUGAAGGGCAUUCGCUCGCUCUGUGUGUCCUAGCAGCGUGUGACACAGGCGUCAUGUCUCUUCACUCCUGUCACCAGUCUCUUGCCUGCCUAGAGAUAGGAUUUGCCUUGUACUUGGGUUUAGGGAGAAAAGCUAGAAUUGAUCAUGUCUUGCGCGUGUGUUUCAGAGAAGCUGGAAGAGUCACGGCCUACCCUUAGCUCAGCUCUUCUUUUCCAGGGCCUUACCCCCCACCCCCGCCCCGUGGCUCCAGGGGAAGGGCUGCGGGCCAUGGUGUGUCCUGCAGCUCCUGACCCGCCCAAGCAUGUGGCAUUGCUCCUUGCUGUCCCGUGGGAGGGCGUCACGUCUCCCCUUGCCCACUCAUUGGUAGGUAGUCUCUUACAGGAGCUUACGUUGCCAGGUGUCAGCUGGGGUUCUCUGAGGCACUACCCUCUGAAGUCUCAGGUGGGAAGUGACCAGAGUGGGCUUGGAAAUUGUCCCCCUCAUCCUCUGUUUCCGGGCUCAGGUUCUGGCAACCCUGCUGUGAGCCGCGUGCUUGAGCUCCUAGAGGUGAUGUCUGAGGUAGACGCCCGAGGUCCCCCGGCCCCAGCUCUUGCAGAGGACAGGCUGCGGCGUUAAGUUCUCUGGCCUGAGAGCAUGGGCGGAGGAGAGCCGGCUCUAGGGUCAGGCUAUGGCAGCUUCUCGAGCAUGGCCUGUCUCUCUGUUGGAUAGCUCUUCCUGUGCUCCUGAGGCACCAGGGCCCUGGUACUGUAGCUUUGGCAGGAGUGCCCUUGCCAGCUCCUAGGCCUGGAGCAGUGGUGGAAGGAGGAAGCCCACCGUCCUUUGCUGCGGGCGAGCCCUGGCCAGUGCAGCUUCUCCACAGCAGCCUACAGGGCGCUUGAGUCAGGCGCCCCUGGCUUCCCCCACUUCCCGUUGGGAGCCAGCUGCAUCACUUCUCACCAUGCCCUGACCGGUCCCUUGUGAGAAAGCGCCCAGAUUAGUAGAAGUCUGAUCACCAAGCUUUGGACAAGAUUUUAGGGAAAGUGGGGCUGCAUCUCCCAGAUACCCCAGAGUCCCUUCCCCCAGCUCCCCAGUUGGUUCUCAGAUUCCCAGGAUCCCAAAGGUUGUUUUGGGCUCGCUUAUUGGUUCUAUGUUGAAAUGCCGUUGCUGGGCACAAGUCUCAGCUCCCAGUGGGCAAUGCCCCCCUCCCGGGAUGGGCAAGAGUGUGACAGGCAUGUGGCAUUAUUUGUAUUGUGCUGCUGUCUGGGCCAGAAAGAUGUGACUGAGGGGGCAGAAUGUAGCCCAGGAUCCCAUCUUGCCUCUCCAGCCAGUGCGGGUGCCCAUUGCCCAUGAGAGGCAAGAGUUGGUGCGACCAACCGUCUUAAGGACCGUCUUAAGGUGGAUGGCAAGCGUUAGAAAACCAUCCCCUCUCCCUGUCUGUUGCCUCAUGUUCCUUUUUCCUUCUUGGAUUUCCUCUUUCUAUGGCCUCACGCCAUCUUUACAAGACCUCAGUUUGUGUGUGUCUGCAGCAGGCUGUAUGUCCUGAUCGUACAGAGAGCUCUGUACCCUGGCUUUGCUUUCACUGCUGGGCAGUUGCUGCUCCCAGUGGGGCCCUUGCUUUGCUCAGAACGGGAAGCCAGCGGCAGAGUGGCAGGAUGCCGUAAUCAGAGUCUGCCUCAGAAUUUAAUUUGCCAGAGUACAUUAGAAAUGGCCGGGACUGUCCGGGAAAAGCAAGCAGCCUGGCUCAUUUUUGAAUUCCAAGCUUGCAGGUAGAUAAUCCCGAUGCUGGCUCCCUCCUCAGCCCGGCGGGUCUCUUCUUUUUUUUCUCUCUUCUAUGCACCCUGAGUCAUUCCCUUGCCAGAGACAUAAAUGGUGCUGACAGAUACUUGAGGAAGAAACUGAGGCUGGAAGGUGCUUGAUGUUAGCUCUCUUCUUUGGUUCAAAUCAAGGCGAUGCUGGGGCAAGUUGUGUUCCUUUAAUAAACAAUAGAAUCAGGUGACUGUUGUGAACCCUGCCAGUGGACAAGAGAGUUAUCACGCAGCAAGUCUUGAUUCAGUAUGGUGUGUCAUGUGCCUGUGUAUUUCCAGCAUGGUGUCUGUACACAUGUGGGUGCGUCAGAGCUUGUAGAUCUCAUGUUGGGUUGCACACAUAGAUUUUUUUGUUAAAUUUCCCCCUUCAAUAAAUGAAUUAUUUUUUAUUUUUGA